UCAAAAUGUCCUUCAGUAGACCCUAGACUGCGCUAUGAGGUGGUGGGUUCUUGCCUUCUUCUCAUUCAGGUUUUAGGUAUCUACUAUUAUGCUAUUGGAGAUAUUUAUUAUAGCACUUAGUGCUUUAUAUUUAUUCAACUGGUGGGCACAUGGUUACUGGAAGAGAAAGAAUGUAUUUUCUGUGCCAACAGAGUUUUUGUUUGGAAAUGUGAGACUUCUGUUACAACAAAAAAUAACCAUGUAUGGCAUGUAUCGUAAUUUCUACCAAAAAUACAAAGAACAUAAAAUCAUAGGAUUCUACAGUUUCUAUCAUCCUGCACUCUUGGUCACAGACCCAGAAAUCAUAAAAAGGAUAUUGGUGACAGAUUUUAAUAGCUUUUCCAAUUCUGGUUCUGAUAUGAAUAAAACUCUUGACCCUAUUUUUGGAUUGAACCCAUUUUUAUUGAAGUCCAUACCUGAAUGGAAAGAAUCAAGAAGCGUACAAGCUGCUCAUCAAACACAAGUAAAAUUAAGAGAAUUAGUUCCUGGUUUUAUCAAAGUUGCAGAUUUUAUGUUUGACUUCAUUAAAAAUCAGAAAAACCAGACUAUUAAGGUUCUGGAUCUUGCAACUCGCAUAAUGGUUGACUUUUCGGUACUAAGUGCCUUUGGCCUAGAACCAAAGUCAUUUACAGAUCCAGAUUUUGGUUUCUUGAAGCAUGCUUGUAGUGAAAAAGUUUUUGCUUCUAGUCGCUGGAAUACAAUAGGAUCCAUCUUUCACCCAUUGUUAAUCAGGAUAUUCUCUCUUAGAUUUGUUACAAAAGAGGCUGAAGAUUUUUUUUUGCAUAUAAGUAAAACAAAUCUUGAACAUCGAUUGAGUGCUAAAAUUACAAGAAAUGAUCUCUUUGAUACAAUAAUGAAGUCACAAAAAAAGAAUGAAGGCCAAAAUAAUAAAGAAAAAAUUCAAGCAGAGAUGGUAAUUGCUGCAAAUUGUGCAACUUUUUAUAUGGAUGCCACUAUAACUUCAUCCAGUGUAUUAUGUUUUAUAUUGUUAGAGUUAGCUAGUCACCAAGAUAUCCAAGAAAAGCUUAGAGAAGAAAUUUUAUCAGUAGGAAAGAAACCUGAGGAUUUUGAUUUUGAAAAAAUUAAUACUAUGACCUAUUUACAGAUGGUAUUUGAUGAAUGUAUGAGGUUGCACCCGCCAGUUCCAUCAUUAUCUCGAACUUGCACUAAGGAUAUUGUUAUAAAUGAUAUAAAAAUAUCAAAAGGCACUAAAGUUUUUAUUUCUGCUCUUGCUCUUCACCAAGAUCCAGUAUAUUAUCCUGAACCAAUGAAGUUUGACCCUGAGAGAUUUUCAGAAGUGAAUAAAUCAUCUAGAGUAAAAUACACAUAUUUGCCUUUUGGUGAAGGACCAAGAAUUUGUGUUGGUUUUAAAUAUGGAACAUUAGUUGUGAAGACUGCUACUAUAUUCAUCCUUCUUAAAUAUAGAAUAUUGGCCUCUAACAAUGCAAAAGGUUCCUUACAUGAUCCAUUUGAAUUUUUUUUAUCCCCAAAGCCUGAUGCUACCAUAAUAUUCCAGGAAUUAUGAUUAUGAUGUUUUUUUCUUUUGUUUUUGAAAAUAUGUUUAAAAAAUUACCUUAUGUAAAAAUAGAAAAUUCUAUGUCUAAAUAUAUUUUUGUUAUUAUUG